UUUGACACAGUUUUCGACAGUUCCUUUCAAACCUAACAUCAGGAUUUUUUAAUUUUAGGUUCCAAAAAAUUAACAAGUAUGGAUCAAGUGGUUCGUCACCCAAAAUACCCCGAGAGUAAUGUUUUAAAAUUAGGUGGAUACGAUCCAAAUAACUAUGGCAUCGUCAAUGUUUCACCCACCUUAAUAACGAGCGAGGCUGUAACACCUGGACGCCCGCCAUAUUUGACUCAGAAAGCCGUCGGCAAAUUCUUGGAGCCACUCACUAAGGAGCUGAUGGAAGUUCCACCAAGACCAACGAUAGACGAACUUGACGAAGCCGUUAUUGACAAGAUGGUCAACAGGGACAAAGCGUUUUGGGUCGACAAACCGGGAGCCAACGAUUACACAUUACACGACGCCUAUUAUUCUUACGGGAUUUUCGCCGAAGUUAUACAACCAACACACCAAGAUGUAUUUCCUCGCUCGUACCAAUACGAUUUGGAUUGCGUGAAGUAUCGGCGAUUGCAUGCAUGUGAUGGGCUUAAACCCCAACCAGAUGGAAAACAAAUACCUCUUAAAGCCCAUUGUCGCGACUGUCGUCACAUGGACAUACAUGCCCUGACGCCCUUUCAACUGGCGUGGGCGAAGGACCCUGGACAAAGGAGGUGGAGGUACUAUCCCGACCUUACGGCUGACCUGACGCCACAACAGAUACGUAAAUCUAUGGUGGAUGUCGGACGUCCAUUUCAGAAUGAAGCUUGCAACUGGUAUUAUAAGAACUACCCACCGGUCAAACACUAUUGCAUAAUCCGGAAAUUUUCUAAAUGAACUUUGUUGAUAUGAAUGCAUCUUAAGAGUGUCAUUUAAUUUUCUUAACAACCUAAUUACAUUAAGUCAAUUCCUUUGUUAUUAUAAGUUUGAAUAUAGUCAAAAUGUUUAAUCAAAUAAAAGGGACUGUUACUGAA